AUGGGAUGGUGGUCGGAAAAAUCUUGGAAUUUGAAGUUGGAGAAUUCAAGGUAUGCACUCAAUGACGAGGUUGCUGCAGAGGAGGAAGAGUUACGACACAUUUUGACUGAAGUAGCUCCAAAAAGAUACGUUCCGGAUGGAUUCUCCUGGCCGAUUGGGUGUGAAGAGGUGUAUGUUGUUAGAGAUUACUACCGUAAAUUGAUUAUGGGAAUGACUGUGAUGGAGGUUCAGGCAUGUGUAAAAGAUGCAUUGAAAGUGUUGUGGCACUCAUGGAUGCCUUCGAAGGUGAAAAUAUUUGUUUGGCGACUAUUGCAAGACAAAUUAGCAACACGAGAGCAGCUGGUCAAAAGAGGUAUUUUAGAGAAUGAUGAUAGGUGCUUCUGUGUGUUUGGCUGCUCGCAGGGGAAGACGUACAUCACCUCUUUCUAG